GGAAAGAAAGGCGAUGUCUCCUUUUCCCACCCGGCUUCUCGCUUUCCGCCCUGGUGUGACGCCCGCCCGCGCUCCGAGGGCUCCAUGCGCAUCAGGAUUGGCUGUCCCAGCAUUAUUAGUUAAGCUCGCCUUCAAGGCGCCAGAGAUCUGAUAAUAAUAAUAAUAACUGUCCUUUCUCCAGUCCAUCAGUCUUCUUUCUCUCAUUGUCGCCGUCCAUUUCAUGCCUCAAUUAUUACUCUGGACGUGAGACAUUGAACGCGCCAACUCUUGUCUUUUUUCUUUUCGUUUUUAAACCCUCCCGCACUACCAUCCCCCUCCGGGUCUUCUCUCGACCACCGGCGCAGCCAUGGAUAUCGUUCUCGAGGUCUGGGAUACCUUCAUCGGGGAUCGCAUGUACUCGGCCCUCCUUCCAGCAUCGUUGUCGUCCACGGUUUCGUUGCCUGCCGCGUUCAAUGGCGCCAACAAUACCCUCGCCUUGUUCGGGGAGCCCGACUCCUAUGUCUAUGAGCCGGCCACCCAAUUCUUCCGCCUCGAGCCCUCCAAGUACGCAUACAUGAGCGCCUGGCCAAGAGACAAUAUCUACCGUCAAUCAGUCAGCUUCUUUUUGAUCACAUGGAUCUUUGGCAUCAUUGUCUACUUCAUCUGCGCAUCUCUAUCGUACAUGUUUAUCUGGGAUAAAACAACUGUCAAGCACCCCAAGUACCUCAAGAACCAGAUUCGCAAGGAGAUCAGACAGACCAUGGAGUCCAUGCCCUUCAUGUCCCUCCUGACCGUCCCUUUCUUUGUCGCGGAAGUCAGGGGCUACGCCAAACUCUACGACAGCGUCGCCGAGGAACCCUUCCCAUUCUACAGCAUCCUGCAGUUCCCUCUCUUCAUCGCUUUCACCGACUUCUUCAUCUACUGGAUCCACAGAGGCCUGCACCACCCGCUCGUCUACAAGAGACUCCACAAGCCUCAUCACAAGUGGAUCAUGCCCAGUCCAUUCGCCUCCCACGCAUUCCACCCGCUGGAUGGCUGGUCCCAGAGUGUCCCGUACCACGUCUUCCCCUUCGUCUUCCCGCUUCAAAAGGUCGCCUAUGUCGUUCUCUUCGGCUUCAUCAACUUCUGGACUGUCAUGAUCCAUGAUGGCGAGUAUGUCGCCAACAGCCCGGUCAUCAACGGUGCUGCGUGCCACACCAUGCACCACCUGUACUUCAACUACAAUUACGGACAGUUCACCACGCUGUGGGACCGCCUGGGAGGCAGCUACCGCAAGCCCAAUGAAGAGCUCUUCCGUCGGGAGACCAAGAUGGCCAAGGAGGAGUGGGAGCGACAGACCAAGGAGAUGGAGACCAUCCUGAAGACGGUCGAGGGCUCCGACGACCGCCAGUAUUCGGCGGACGCAGACACGAAGAAGACCCUGUGAUAUCAGACUCGAUCUCCAUGCAUUGGUGGCGGGGCGGAGAGCACAAAAAAAGAAAACGGGGAUGGAAUGAGUUCCCGUGGCCACCACCCAAAGCGCUUAUGAUGCCUGCGCUUUGCAGCAGCCAAGACGCGCAAUUGGCGGUUUUGAGCUUUGUUACGAGCCUUAUGUCGACUUUCCGUUUUAUUAUUUUUGUAUCAUAACCAUUACUCGAUUUGUAAUUAGAUUAGAUUAUUCCACCUCGGCGCAUAUCGUCGCUGGAUAGCUCACCGUGCUGAUACGGUCACUUGGGACCAACGGAACAAAAUAUAAAACCCACUUAAUAAUAUGCUAC